UGUAAUUCUUGCAUGCUAGGUGAUCCGUGGGAAGGGUUUAACAAUAGUUAACGAUGGUGGAUUGCGAUGAUGUGUUUUUUUUUUCUUUAAAUUACGUUGUUCUUGGGCCUGGUAACCAAAUGUAGAAAGUGAUAACCGAACGACGUGCCCUAAGUUUAUAUAAGGCCCAUAAUUUUGCUUACUACAUAAGUAAAAAUAAGCCUGUUCACAAGUUCCUAGUUAUAUAUAAAUUCUAACUCCACAGUCCCAAGAUUGUUAAUAUCUACCACCAAGCGCAACUUCAUAUUUUUACCCAAACAGCUGCAGAAUAACAAGCGCAGAAGAGCUUGUGUUUUUUAACAUUUUUGUUGUUGAAACACCCCCAGUUUUGACUGGUCAGGUGAUCAGUCCUGACAUCCAACUUCAUUGUUCUUGAACUGAAGGAAAGAUUGAGUGUCUAAGGCAGAAGGCAUCUAACUAAAUUUUCCUUAUAUGGGUAACGGUCUAUAAGGAGGUCAGCCAUGGGACAAGCACAGAGUACCUCAGAAACAUCUUUCUCAGAAUGUGAACAUCCAGGGCCUAUUCAAUCAGAUAAUCCCAUGUACAAUGGGAAUUCCAACCAUUUGGUGCCAUACCACAAUGGCUUGACACUACAGCAACAUAUAUUUGUCAAUGCAUACAUUAGAUUGCCACCGUCUUUAGACGAUAAUGUGACGUUAGAUUAUAUACGUAUGUCCAAAGUUAUGUUUGUGAUGCGGGGUCUCCCUAGAAGUGGAAGGCGUGUAGUUGUACAACAUAUCCAGUCACUAUUUAGUGAUGCUGUUGUUUGCUCAACUUCAGAAUAUUUUGUGAAGUGUGAAAGAUAUGAGUUUGACCCAAAUAAAUUAGACGAAGCAAAAAUAUUUUGCCAAGAAAAGGCACAGAGUGCAUGUGAGGCAAGUACACAUGUGGUUGUUAUUGACAACACAAAUAUGAAGAAGUCAGAAAUGAAAUAUUAUUUUCGAUUAGCUGCUGAUACCCGCUAUGUUGUUGUUUUGGUGGAGCCAUGGAAAUUUAAUGUGGAACAACUGGUACAAAGAUGCCAUCAUGCUGAAGAUAUAGAACAGCUAUGCACUCAAUUUCAGCAUUGGGAACCGAUCAUCCCUUUGUAUUUUGGAUGGUUCCUUAAUGAAGCUGAUUCUCAUAUGUUGAAACUAGUUGGUAUGGCUUAUUUGGAAGAGUGUCUCAGAGUUCCAGAGUUCGCAAAGGACUUCCACAGCUUCGCUCAUGCUUCAGAUAUCAGAGGUAUGCUUGACUAUUACCUAAUGCCUGAAUCAUGUAAAGGUAGAAUGCUGCACUGCACUUCCAAAUUUUGUUCCUUUGGUGAUGUACCAGGUUCAUUUGAGUACACCAGCAGCAAAAAUGUUCUUGAAGGAUGUGGACAGUGUUACAAGUUGUGCAUUGUGGGUUUUGUAAUGACACCCAGAACUUUUGGGGCUCGAGUGAAAUUAGAUGCAGAAGAACUUAAAUUAUGGGACCAAGAAUCUGAAUCCCAGUUAUCAACGUCUCCAGGUGUCAGUUCAGGUGUUAGACAUUUAGUUCACAGCAGCACGCAUCAAAAUCUGACAGUGAUCAACAGUAUGAGAGAGAGCCCAUGGUACCCUCAUUGUCAUGCAACACUUGUAAGUUCAGAGGAGCUGGAGCAAUCAUUUCAACCCACAAAAGGCAAGGGUAGUCGGGCUCACAUAACAUUAGGAUGUGCUGAAGGGAUAGCAGCUGUCACCACGGGCUAUGAUCUCCUUGACGUGAUAGAAUGUGAAGAAACUCCUGAUAUAGCCAGCAGAUGCAGGACAUUUUCUUUGCCCAGAGGGUGGCUAAGAGAUUAUGGAAAGUCUCGUUGGGUAUUGUAUAUGUGUCGAGAAAUAACUGUUAGUUCACUUUUCACGGGUUAUUAUUAAAGCCAUACUUACUUCUCCUGUUUUUGUACUAUUCAAUUAUAUUAGGAUAUUUUUAUUCUGCAAGUGUGUGUUCUGUAUAACUGAAUGGAAUUUGUAAGUUUACUUUCAUCUUAGUGCUCAUGUUGCUUUGAAUCUUAGAAUUAAGGUGCGGAAAGAUAAUGAGAAUUUCUGCAUAACUUGUCAUAAAUUUUUAUUGUACUUGCAACAAUUUUCCAUGAUAAAGGAAUGAGGAAUCAUA